AUGCAACUUCCGGUCCUACGUCCGGUUCGGACUGAAAGCUCUGCAAAUUUGCCAGUACUAAAAAUGUCCUUUUCGGCACUAGACACUAGCAAUACAUAUCCUUAUACAUAUAGCAAUAAAUGUCCAUUCUUUAAAGGACCACUCUAGGCACCCAGACCACUUCAGCUUAAUGAAGUGGUCUGGGUGCCAGGUCCUUCUAGGGUUAACCCAUUUUUUCAUAAUUAUAGCAGUUUCAGAGAAACUGCUAUAAUUAUGAAUGGGUUAAGCCUUCCCCCUAAUCCUCUAGUGGCUGUCUCAUUGACAGCCACUAGAAGCGCUUGCGUGCUUCUCACUGUGAUUUUCACAGUGAGAGCACGCCAGCGUCCAUAGGAAAGCAUUGUAAAUGCUUUCCUAUGAGACCGGCUGAAUGCGCGCGCAGCUCUUGCCGCGCGUGCGCAUUCAGCCGGCGGGGCGUAACAGAGGCGGAGAGGAGGAGGAGAGCUCUCCGCCCAGCGCUGGAAAAAGGUAAGUUUAAACACCUUUCCCCCUUCCAGAGCCGGGCGGGAGGGGGUCCCUGAGGGUGGGGACACCCUCAGGGCACUAUAGUGCCAGGAAAACGAGUAUGUUUUCCUGGCACUAUAGUGGUCCUUUAAUGAGCAUCCACACAUUUGUACUUAAGAAUACAUGUUUCCAUUAAUGAUUAACAAACAAAUUGUAGUCUAACAGGAUGUGUAUAUAUCUUAAAGCUUCAUACACUAAUAACCAUCUUAACAUAGUUACCAGAGGGGAGCACAUAAAUUAUUCCCUCUUAAUAGCAGCAAUAUUACCAUCAAUUUAGGGACAACAGAAACAAAAAAGGGGAGAGAAAAAGGGAAAUUCAUUAAUCUAACAUAAAACCCAAAAAGGUCACAGAUAAAACAGCAUUUCAAGUAAUAAAUAAUUCAAGUACUCGUUUUGAAGAUCAACCCAUCCUUAUAUAGAUAAAAGAUUUUUAAAAUUUAUCAAAAAAUAAUUUUACAUAUUUCCUAAAAAAUACCUUCAAAUAAUAUAAUAUAAAUAAUGCACUAAAUCUUUUCUUUACUAAAAAUUAUUUAAAAAUAUAAAUAUAAAAAUAUGUAUAAUAAAUAUUAAAUAAUAUAUAUAAAAAUUAGAAUUAAAAAUUAAAAAACAACCCUAUCUAUAUAUAUAUAUAUAUAUAUGGGGUGAUCUCAAAGUCAACAUUCAGCCCUUGUGGUAUUAGUGUAUCAAUGUCGAAAAAUCCAUUUCAUUUCAUUUCUAUUCAAGAGACGCUCCUUAUCUCCCCCUCUCCAGUGUACUUUUAUUUGUUCUAUUCCAAUAAAUUCUAGAUUUUUUGGAUCUGCAUUAUGGCAUUCCAAAAAAUGAUUUUCAUAUUUACGACUGAUAUUAUAGAUAUGUUCCCUAAUUCUAAUUUUUAAACAUCGUGAGGUCCUACCUAUAUAUUGUAACCCGCAGGGGCAAAUAAGCACAUAUAUAACAUCCUUACUGUUACAGGAGAUAAAAGAUCUGAUGUUAUACUCUUUCUUUGUAGUAUUGGAUGUAAAUGUUAAAACCUUUUUAUGUUUGUCUCUCCUCAAUUUACACCCCCUACAUUCACCACAAUAGAAAAACCCAUUGGGUUGCUUUAAAAAAUUGGUUCUUUUAUCCUCAACAUUUAAAAAACUUUACUGAGAGGGUAGUGGAUGCAUGGAAUAGCCUUCCAGCUUAAGUGGUAAGGGUUAACACAGUAAAGGAGUUUAAGCAUGCGUGGGAUAGGCAUAAGGCUAUCCUAACUAUAAGAUAAGGCAAGGGACUAAUGAAAGUAUUUAGAAAAUUGGUCAGACUAGAUGGGCCGAAUGGUUCUUAUCUGCCGUCACAUUCUAUGUUUCUAUGUUACUUUAAAAGUUGUUUCCUAUCAACUUGUUCAACUUCUCUAAAAGCUUUUUCUAAAAGACUUGCAUCAUAUCCAAAUGCAUUGCUUGUUGCUUAUAUUCUUCCUCUACCGUACAAUUCCGUUUUAGUCUUAGCAUUUGUCCUUUUGGGAUAUUGUUUAACCAUGGUUUAAAAUGGCAGCUUGUACAAUCAAUAAAACUAAUAACAUCCACAGACUUAAAAAAAUGUUCUACUUUUAAUUUGCUGCUUCUCUAUAUAAAUAGAUAGGUCUAAAAAAUUAACUUUAAUACGGCUAAAAUCAUAUGUGGGGGGUAAUAUUCCAUUCGUUUAAAUUAAAAAACGAUUUUAAAGAUUCCUCACUCCCAUUCCAAACUAUAAAAAUAUCGUCAAUGUAACGCGUAUAGAGGACCAGAUUUGCCCCAAAUUCCUCGUUUGAAUCAAUGAAUAAAUCCUCCCAAUAGGACAUAAAUAAAUUAGCACAAGUCGGGGCAAAUCUGGUCCCCAUAGCCGUACCUUUAACAUGUAAAUAAAAUCUAUCCUCAAACCAGAAGAAAUUAUUCCUUAAAAUCAUAUUUAUUCCUUCUAUAAUAAAAUCAAUCUGUGAAUCAGGUAAAAAAAAAAAUAUGUAGCAGCCUCACACCCUUUCUCAUGUUGGAUGUUAGUGUAGAGGCUGCUUACGUCACAAGUUGCCAUUAUAAAACUAUCACUCCACUUAAAACCAUCUAAAAUAUUUAAAAGGCUCAUAGUGUCUUUGAGAUAUGCCUUACAUUUUUUCACCGGACCCUGUAAAAAAUAAUCGAUAUAUUGUGAUAGUGGCGAUAAAAGUGACCCAAUCCCAGACACAAUGGGUCUCCCCGGCGGGCUAUUUACAUCUUUAUGGAUUUUUGGGAGAACAUAUAGAACUGGGAUCCUCGGGAACUUAACAUUUAAAAAUGCAAAUUCUUUCUUAUUUAAAAUUCCCUCCUCCAAUCCUCUGUUUAAAAAUAUUUGGUAAAUUGCCACAAUAUCUGUCAAGGUUUUUUUUGAAAGUGCAGCUGGUUAUAUAUCUCCUUCGUAUAUUCUUCUAGCUCCAUUUAAUACUACAAUUUUAGGAUUUUUGCCAUAAGAGGCCUGCGCACCCCUGCUUUUGUCCUUCUCCUAAGGAGGCGUAAUUUGUACCUCAACUCUGGUUAACUGCUAAGAUAGAAAGGUUACAUAGAAACAAAAGGGGUAUGUAAGGGGUUCACUCCAGUAACUCUCUUGAAACUGUGAACUUAUUUUGCGUCUUGCAUAUCUUUAACUAACCUAAUUAAGAGGACUAAAAUGGCUGCCUUGGGCCAGAUUUCCCUGUGCUCCCUCCGUCCAACCCCAUCCCUGGGUGGGUAAAUUAAACAUAGCGGUUAUAAAAAGGCAAAGGGCCUAUUAGAAAGCAUCUCACAUGCCAGACAUUGAACACCCUGGUGCCAGCAUGCUCAAAUUUUAACAUGGUACAGGUAUAUCAAGGGUGCAUGAUAUGACGUAGUGCAACUUGUAGUUAUAAAUCACUUGCAUAGAAAUAUGUUAUAUUGCCUGAUCCUUAUACAUAUAAAAGGUAUAUCAGGUAGAGCUACAUUAUGGGUUUAGCAUCAAUUAAUACAUCAGCUGCAAAGGUUGUACCAUGAGAAGCUUUGUCGUCAUCAGUACCCUUGGUUGUUUGAUCGCUAAGACGGAAAGGGAUUGGUAGGAAAAAGAGAGAAAGAAAAAGGAGGGGGGGAAGCAGUGGCGUACACAUGACCUAUGGGGCCCCGGUGCGACAAUUGAUCCAUGGGCCCCCUCCCCCCCGCACGCGGGCCGGGCCGCAACACAUAGCGGUGGGCACCUGGUCGCAGGGGUUACAGGGCUGCGACCGCGGUAUGUAUGCCAGUGCAUGCAGAUGCACACACUUAAAGGACCACUACAGACACCCAGAUCACAUCAGCUCAAUGAAGUUGUCUGGGUGUCAGGUCCCUCUAGUUUUAACCCUGCAGCUGAAAACAUAGCAGUCGCAUUCGAAGCUGAGAGGCUGAGGGAUCCCCAGCGCCAAUGGAGUCCGGCGCUGGAGAAAGGUAAGUGCUGAAGACACACACACUCUCACUUACAGACGCAUACACACUAGCUAACAGACACACACAUUUACUGACAGAGACACACUCAGCGACAGACAUACAUACACACUCACUUACAAAACAUACACUCUCAUUGACAAACACAAACUCACUAACAGACAUCAAACAGACUCACUAACACACACACACACUCAGAAAGACACACACAGUAACACACUCACUGACACUCACUAGCAGACACACACACUAACACUCACUCUAACACUCACACACACUAACACUAACACACACUAACACUCACUAGCAGACACACACACUAACUCUAACACUCACACUCACUCUAACACUCACACUCACUCUAACACUCACUCUAACACUCACUCUAACACUAACACUCACACAUGUUUUUUUUUUUUUAAAUAUAUCCCAAAUAUGCCAAAGAUUUACCUCGCCAUUCAAAGUCGUACUUGGUUUGUAAGGUUUGCUUAAGUUGUUUCAGUAAAUUGAUGGGUAAUGCCUGUGUUUUGGACGUAUUAUUUUUAUAAUAUGAAAUUUGACCAUAUAGGGAGAGCUGGUGCAUUAAUGGUGGUAGGGAGUUAAGUGGUUCGCACAAAAAUAUAAAAAUGUCAUCUGCAAAUACCGCUAGUUUUUUUUCCCCAGCCGGGGUCGACAGGCCUUUAAUUGCUGUAGUGGAUUUAAUGCUACGGAUUAGAGGUUCUAAGCAAAGAAUAAAUAUAAGAGGUGAGAGAGGGCAACCUUGGCGCGUACCUUUGGAGAUAUGGAAUGCAGAUGACAGGAAACCAGUAUUAAAGACCUUUGCCGUGGGAUUGGAAUAGAGUACCUUAAUGCUCCGGACAAAAGCCUUGGAGAAGCCCAACCUGGAGAGCGUAGCAUCCAUAUAGGACCAGUUUAAACGGUCAAAGGCCUUCUCCGCGUCCAAAUCCAAAAGAAUGCCUAACUGAGAGCUAUUGUUCGCCCAUUCUAUCAGGUCCAUUGCCAAUUGGGUAUUGUCCCCCACCUGCCGGUUCAGGACAAACCCUGCUUGUUCACCCGAGACUAGCUGCGGGAGUAAUGGUUUAAUUCGGGAUGCAAGGAGCAUUAAGCAGCGAUAUAGGGAGUAGAUUGGUGCAUAAGGUGGGUUUGUUUGGUUUUGGUAAAGUUACUACAUGUGCCUCUAACAUCUCUGGAGGUAUCGUGCCGCGCAGCCUAAUAUCAUUAAAAAGUUGUGAGAUGUGGAGUUAGUAUGUUAAUGAACUUAAUAUAAUAAUAGUUAGACAGGCCAUCUGGCCCUGGUGCCUUAUGCUUUGGAAGUGUGCGGAUUGCAGAUCUAAUUUCAUCUUCCUCGAAUGGGGCGUCUAAGGAUUGAGCUUGUUGGGUAGUGAGCGAUGGAAGAUGCACGUCAUUCAUGAAAUUUUCUAUUCCAAGUUUGUUUGGUGUAUACGUUUCGUGAUCAUCCUUUAAAUUAUAUAGGUGUUUAUAAAAUUGUGCCAAUUCUUCUACUAUGUGAUGGGGGUUGAACAGUUUAUCCCCGGUUAUAGAUUGAAUAUAGGAUAUUUUGGUCUGGAGAUAUUUAGAUUUGAGUUUUUUGGCUAGUAGUUUCCCUGCUUUAUUACCCAUCACAUAGUGUAUCUGCUUAAGAGAUCUCAAAUGUCGUUCUGUGGUUAUAAGAGACAACCAGUUGAGUUCAUUAUUAAUGGUGGCUAUUUGUUUGGAGAUAUUUUUCGAUGGUCAUCGUUUAUUUUGGUCAUCUAAAUUGGCUAAGUCUUGGAGGAGUCGUGUCUGGUUCUCUGCGUUGCAUCUUUUUGUUAUUGAUCCUGGUUGUAUCAGAGCUCCCCGUAAAACCGCUUUAUGGGCCAACCAAAGGGAGUGUUCGGGCAUGUCAGGAGUUUGAUUUGUCUGAAAAUAAGCCUGUAAAUCCUUGGUUAGUCUGGCCAUGUGUGUGGGCUCAUCUAGUAGGGUUUCGUUCAACCUCCAUUUGCCCCUGCCUCUAGCCGGGUGUGAGGGGUUCAGAGUAACACAUACAGAUGCGUUGUCUGACCACGUUCGUGGACCUAUGGUGUUUUCCUUGAUAGGAAAUAGUCCCUAGAAGAUGGAUACAGUAUGUGCCAGGUAUCGUACAGGUCAUGAGAGUAUAAUUCGUGGGUUAAAUAUUGGAUUAGUUGACGGGAUAAUGAGGUAGGGGCCUUAUCAUCCACCCUUUUAAUAUCCAGUGCAGGGUCAAGAGUGCAAUUGAAAUCCCCACACACAAUGAGGUGGCCUUUGUGAAGCUUCAUUAUUUUCUUAACAGCGGUAUGCAAAAAUGAGCGUUGGGCAUCAUUGGGUGCAUAUAAACAGGCCAUAGUAAGUUGAAUACCAUUUAAGGUGCCAACCAGGAUCAGAAGCCUACCUUUUUGGUCAUCGUAUUUAUGUUCAAUAUCAUAGACCCAGUCAGAGUGUAUGUAAAUAGCCACCCCUCUAGAUUUAUGGGGCGAGUAAGCAUUGUACGCCAUUGGGUAUUUGCGGGAAAUCAAGCGGGGGGGAGGGGGUUUCGUUUACAAAAAUGUGUCUCUUGUAGGCAAAUUAUUGCCGCACCAGACCUGUGCAUUUCGCAGAUUACCAAGCGCCGUUAAUGGGGGUGAUUCAGCCCUUUUACAUUGUAGGUGAUAAUUUUAAGUUGGUCCGUCAUUGGGACUCAAUAUAUGGUGUAUCUAAUGUGCGAGAUGUGCCCUCACAGUGUAUAUAUCCUGGUCGCAAUGUGGUCCCUUCCUAAACCUCGCUGGGUACGGAAGAAGCUGACAAGUGAGAGGAGCUCCCUAUCUAGCAUAUUUAGCAUAUAGCUUUUUAAAGGAGCCUGGAGUGAAGGAUAGGGUCAAAAACACAGGAAAGAGGGGGGUUUGACAAAAGAAAAAAGCUGAACAAAAAUAUAUACACCUUGCUCUUAUCUCUAAGAGCCAACAACUUGGCUGAGUUGUGGGCGGGUGAGGAUAAUGAAGCUAAUGGAAUAUAGAUAAUAUAUUGUAGGUAAUAGAAUAUAGCUAAUAUAAUGCAGGUAAUAAAAUGUAGCUAAUAGAAUGUAGGUAGUAGCAUUCCCCACCCGGGGAGAGGAGGUGGGUAGAUCUGGAGUCACUAAUGGUGGGGGCGGACAUUCCACAGCUACUCAUAUGGGUCCCCAAAGAACAUAGACCAAUCAUUAGAUCGACCUGUCCAGCUAUCCUAAACUCUAUACAUAUUUGGGAUAGAGCUCAACGGCGACACGGGCUGGCUUCAACCCCAUCACCUCUGAUGCCGUACCUAAGAAAUAGAGCAUUCCCUCCGGGCAUGGCAGCGCGCAACUUUAGGAACCUAGAGAGACUAGGCUUGCAGCGCGUAUAUCAGCUAGUGCAGGAUACAGAGGUAGUGACUUUCGAUGCCUUACAACAAAGGGGGCACCUCACUCCCGCUGAUUUUUUCAGGUACCUACAAAUAAGAGAUUUUGCUAAACUGACGUGGGUCCGUGCGGCGGCCCAAAAGCCCUUGACUUUUUUCGAACAAAUUUGCAUUCAGGACCAUAUGCCUAAAGGCCUGAUAACUCGGCUGUACGCCCACCUCUGCUCAGUGCCUAACGAAGAGGGUGGGCUGACGUACAUGGACCAUUGGGAAAGAGACCUAGGGGAACAACUAGAAGGGAUAGAAUGGCAGGAGAUUUGGGAAGCCAACCAAAAAUCCUCUGUUUGCGUAACGUUCCAGGAGCAGGCGAUUAAGACGAUGCUCCGCUGGUACACAACGCCUGUAAAACUGUAUCAAAUGAAGAAGAGCACUACGGAUGUAUGUUGGAGAGGGUGCGGAAUUAAAGGGACGUAUAUCCACAUGUGGUGGGAAUGCCCACUGAUAGCAAGCUUCUGGCACCAAAUUAAGGACCUACUAACCCAGGUCCUGAGCAGGUCUCCCCCCCUAGACCCGUGGGUAUAUCUGCUCAGCAGAAAGAUAGAUGGGUGGUCUAGAAACGAGCAAAAACUUAUACAUAACAUAACUCUGGCAGCUAGGAGAGCAGUGGCAGCGGACUGGCUAAAUCAAACCACCCCACAGAUGGCAGCAGUCGUCAAUAGAAUUAAAGAAGUCCACUUGUUGGACGAUCUGACAGCAAGAGUCAGGGGCACCCAAAAACGGUCCCAAAAAAUAUGGUCUCCUUGGGAAGACUGUCCCUUGAGCUGAACCACCUGGCGGGUUUUCUCUUCAUUUUAGGCCCCACCGAUCAGGAACCUCUUUGGAAGAUGCCCCCCCACCCCCACCUUUUCUUUAAUCCUCUCCCUCUUCUCUUUCUCUAACUCUGUCUACCUGGAUACCACAGGUAUAAACAUGACAGUAUACAAAAUAACAUAUUCGCGAGCUUUGUUAUAAAUAAAAUGUACAUGGCAGGGGGUGGGGCUGCGAAGCUCUAUUCCUCCAUAUCGUGGUGGCUUAUGCUUUGGGUGACAGGAGGUAUCCUGUUUUACAAUGUAUGUGUCAAUCUGUUACAAACUGUGCAAUGCUCUCGAGUUGUACAUGUUCUCUUUGUCAACAUAAAUAAAGAAUUAAAAAAAAAAAAAAGAAUGUAGGUAGUAGAAUCUGGGUAUUAGAAUGUGGGUAUUUUAAUGAAGGUAAUAGAAUGUAGGUAAUAGAAUGUGGGUAUUAGAAUGUGGGUAUUAGGACGUAGGUAAUAGAAUGUAGGUAAUAUAAUGUAGCUAAUAAAAUGCGGGUAUUAGAAUGUAGAUAGUAGAAUGUGGGUAAUAGAAUGUGGGUAUUAGAAUCUAGGUAAUAGAAUGUGGGUAAUAGAAUGUAGGUAAUAGAAUGUGGGCAUUAGAAUGUGGGUAUUAGAAUCUAGGUAAUAGAAUGUGGGUAAUAGAAUGUAGGUAAUAGAAUGUGGGCAUUAGAAUGUGGGUAUUAGAAUCUAAGUAAUAGAAUGUGGGUAAUAGAAUGUAGGUAAUAGAAUGUGGGUAUUAGAAUGUGGGUAUUAGAAUCUAGGUAAUAGAAUGUGGGUAAUUGAAUGUAGCUAAUAGAAUGUGGGUAUUAAAAUGUGGGUAUUAGACUGUCGGUAAUAUAAUGUAGCUAAUAUAAUGUAGGUAAUAGAAUGAAGGUAAUGGAAUAUAGAUAAUAUAUUGUAGGUAAUAGAAUGUAGCUAAUAGAAUCUAGGUAAUAGAAUGUGGGUAUUAGACUGUCGGUAUUAUAAUGUAGCUAAUAUAAUGUAGGUAAUAGAAUGAAGGUAAUGGAAUAUAGAUAAUAUAUAUUAGGUAAUAGACUGUAGGUAAUAGAAUGUAGGUAAUAGAAUGUGGGUAAUAGAAUGUGGGUAAUAGAAUAUAGCCAGGCAAUCUGUAGCUCUGCAAUCCUGGCUUCUUUAAGGAAUCCUCUACUCUUUGUUCUGUGAGAAGCAAUGGCCUAUCGUGCUCCCUCUUACAAUGACAGUAUUUAGUAGAGUAAGACAUUUGCUCUGUAUUGCUGUGUAUAUGCCCCAUGAAGGAAUUUGCUUAUAAUUGUGUCUGUAAAUGUACAAGUUUGUUUCUUUUGCGUGUGUCUUAUUUGUCUUUGUUUUAUAGGCUCCUCUGAGGCUCCAACGUAUAACGCCACGAUACCAGGACCAGGUAAUUAACACAUUAAUAUUCUUUUCACUCCAGAAACGCAUAAAUCACUUAAUAAAUUAAUAAACGUGAGCACAACAUAUAUGGUAAUAAUAGUGAGCACAACAUGCAUAAAUAUAUAUAGAGAAACGGGACUCAAUAUUUGAAGUUUUUUUUGUUAAUUUUACUUAGUUUUUUUUUUUUUUUUUUUAGUUACCACUAAAAUGCUGACAUACAGCUCCGCGAUACCCAGUAAGUUACACAUGGUAAAGGUAAGAUAUUAAAAUCACAUUGUUCUCAGAUUUGUGUACAGUUCGUCCAAAUCGAUUCAUCUGAAAAAAUCGUUUUAGACAAUUCAGGUUUUGUUCGUGUGGCAUUUCGGUUCAGAUUAAUUUCGUCCAUGCAAUCGUUUUGGGGAAAACUAGUCGAUGCACCAAAAGGGCACGAAAAUUUGCCAAUCAGUACACUGCAAAAUAUACAUAUUAUUGUUCCUUCAUUUGGUUCAAAGAUCAAGAGAGAAGUGAUAACCAAUAGAGGGGAAAAAGGAGUAGUAAAAGAUUUAUUUAAUAAUAUAUAAAUAUAUGUCACAAUACUUUACAUUAGUCCUGCACGCUCGCGUGGAGAGACUCCUGAUGCCGACUCCUCUCAGCUUUGGCACGGCAUUUCGGAUGCCAGGCGCUACGGCCACGCCCCGUUUUAUGAAGCAGCGCAUGCGUGCCGACAUCAUAGCAGCAAUGCCGCCAGAAAUCUCCAUUUUUACCACCCCGUGAUGUUUUGGGGGUGUGGUUUUAAUAGAGCACAUUUUGCCUUGGUUCUGUGCCCUAUUGUGGUUCACUUGUUAUUCCAUUUGUUGUUUUGUGAUAGUUCCUUACUGGUAUUUGACGUGGCACAGUAAUUUGACUAUUCUGCUUCUCUGGUAUCCCUGACUCGGAUCCUUUAUUCGUAUAAACCUGUUCUGUUUUCUGCUUUCCUGACUCAGCUACUCUUUAUUGUUAUCCUGAUCUCUGGUUUCCUUGUAUUUCUGCUAUCCCCUGACAAUUCGUUCACUAACCAAGUUAAACCCGGCCAUUCUUAGGUCCGGUAAUACGUUCUCUAUAUUUUAGGUAGAACUCUGCGUGUUUGGGGUCACUUUAUCGUGACAUUGUGAUAAAUUAAAAUUUUAUUACCGUUCCUCCUUUUUUCCCUCUUCACGUAAUGUGUGAAAAAAAACAACUGUUAUUGGCUGUCCCCAUCUUUUGUUUGGUGAAGCAACUCUUUUAUUUUUUGUGCCACAGACAGCAUCACGAAUCAAAUCAAACUGUUCGACCACACAUUGUCUGUUUUGUUUGUUUCCUGAUUCAGAGUUCAGGAUAUUAGACAAAUAACCAGUGUCACAAAAUAUGGACAAAUCACAAUUAGUUUGACAUUAAAUGCACAAGUCUAGUAAUAUUUUUGGCAGGGACCAGGUGGAGUCAAUGUUAAGCUACUCCCAAGUAUCUAGCUUCAUGCAAGUACCUUAUGGGGAAUCCACCAUUCAUCCUACUUAAUAAUGGUAACGCUGGGAUUAUUCUCUAAGAUCUAAAACCCACAAUUUGAGUUAAUUCUGUGAUGUUUUUGCUUUUGUAGUCUGCAUUUCUGUUAUAUGUAAGAUGGGAAGUGGGCCAUUGUCAAUCAUGCAUAUUUUGCACAGCAAACUAAAACAUAAAAUAUUUAAGGUAACAGUUAUAUUUUACUUUUUUUUUAAAGAAAACUUAAAUAAACCAAUUCCCACCCGAGAACAUGUAUACACAGGCUAAACCUCAUUAGCCUUCUGUCCUGAGCAUCUCUGCAGCAGUUACUAGCACACCAUAGGAACCAUUAAAGGGCAAACUUCAUGGCUGUGUUAUAGUAGCCAUGGAGAAGGGAGAAGGAAGGAGAAAGCAUCAACUGAGUGCACUACAGUAGCAGACAGAAUGCACUGUAUAGUCCAUAUGCUGUGUAUAAUCCCCAUGAUCAGCUCACUAUAGAGUUGAGUUUAAAAUAAGCAAUUAGGAAUUUGUUCAUAAUUUUGAAUGUAAAUGUACAACUUUGAUUCUUUUACACGUCUCCUUUGUCCUUACUUCCAAGGCUCCACUGAGGCUCCAACGUAUAACUCUACGGUACCCGGACCAGGUAAUUAACACAUUAAUAUUCUUUUCACUCCACAAAUGCAGGCAAUCAAUCAAUUAAUAAAUAAUUAAACGUGAGCACAACCUGCAUAUAUACAAAUAGAGAAACGGGACUAGGUAUUUGAAGUUAUUUUAUGCGUUUUACUUUGUUUCUGUUCUGUUUCCAGUUACCACUAAAAUGCUGACAUCCAGUUCCACGUUACCCAGUAAGUUACACAUGGUAAAGGUAAGAUAUUAAAAUCACAUUGUUUUUAGGUCUGUACACGGUGAAAAAAAUUCAGUUUGCCCAAAUCGAUUCAUCUGAAAAAAUAUAUAUUUUAGUUGAUUUGGGUUUUGCCCAUGUGGCAUUUCGGUUUAAAUGAAUUUCGUCCAUGCAAUCGUUUGAGGGGAAAACUAGUCGAUGAACAAAAAGGGCACGAAAACGGGCCAUGUUUCAUGUAAUUAUAUCUAACGAAUGCAGGAAUUAUGCCUUGAAAAAUUUUGAAUUAGAGAAAAGGACGUAAAAAUUAUGAUGCUGUUUAAAUUGUUACUCUCCGUUAGGAUUUUCUACAGAAUAUCCUGUGUUGACCUCGACAGAAUAUCCAACUCUGAUUUCAGCAGAAUAUUCCGGAUCCUCUGGUUCGAACUCAAUGGAAUUCCCCGCUAACUCCUCCAACAUCCAGCAGUUAGAAGAAUGGUUAAGAGUAUCUUUCUGGGUACAGUGGUUUUUGUUCCUACAUACAUUGCUACUGAAUGUAUUUCAGUCGGUGCAAACUAAUCAAAUGCCUUUAAUCUGCGCCCAAAAGAUCAGAUCCAUCCAACUCCACAGAUAAAUCCCAGACAGAUCGAUUUGUUUCCAUGUAGAUUAAUUUAACAACCUGAAACACAUUUGUGCACAUGACAUCUGUUCAAUGAGAUAAAUAAUUAGAAUGUUUAUAAUUGACUCCUUUUCUCCAAAAAAGAGCUUAAUGUACUUACAGUAUUUAACAUUAAGUUACAUAUUUAGCAUUGAAGCAUAUUCCUGAAAUAAGUCCCAUUUUUAGCUGUGGGCUCUCUUUUUAUAGAUACCUUGCUGUUUUCAGAGAAGUCUCUUCAGCUCCCAUAUGUUCUGUAAAAGCCAAUAACAUUUCCAGUCCCUGUUGGAGUGAUUUAUGCAAUGAGUGAGUUUAGUAAACAGGAAAAUAGUGCAGACAGACACCCUGUCACCUCAUAAAUGUCGCCCCCUUGAUGAAAGUCCCCUGAAUACAACAUCCAAUUAAUUAAUAUCAUUCAUUUGCUCCUACACAGAAUCAGUCAAUAAAUGUUGGACUGGAAACCAUCCUUCGUCUGCAACAAUAUGUGUCUUCUGUCAGUUCUUUUCAGCUAAAUAAGGAUGAAGUUCCAUUAAUUUUAUACAUUUUAGGAAACGUAACGCAAAAUGCUAACCAGUCAAACCAGCCCUUCAGUGUGGCCACAGUAUUGGUGAGUAGACUGCAAUUCAUUGAUACAUUUGUCAUGGGUAAUUUUGGCCAUAGUACGAUGAGUGGAAAUCCUGCCCAUGUUUUAUAUAGUCCAUCCUCCUUGUUGGUGCCUCAGACUCCUUCUAGGCCGCACAAUGAUUUCUGUGUCUUGGAAGAUAAGGAGGGAAAGAUUUGUAGACAGGGGCGUCGCUGGGGGGGGCAGAGGGGGCUAUGACCUACCCCCCCCACGUCAUGCAGUGCCCCCCUUUGGGCCCCAAUUUAAAUUGAAGACAGGAGCAGUGAGUCUCUCUUCACAAGCCACAGCAGAUUCCCCGGCACAAAAGCUCUGCCCCCACAUGGAAGCUCCACCCUCUCACAUGCAAGCUCCAUGCCCACUCUCUACCAGAGGACCUUGCUGCAAGAAGAGACCUCAAAAUUGGCUCCCAGUUCUCCCACAGCCUCAGCCUCCAGUGGCAGAUAGGCUUCCAAAACUUAGCACUACAGACAUGACAAAUCUUGUAUGUGUAUAUGUCUGCUAGUUAGUGAGCUUGUGUGUGUGCCAAUGAGCUUGUCUGUAGUGAGCAUAUAUGUGUGUGUCAGUGAGCUUGUCUGUUGUGAGCGUGUGUAUGUUAGUGAGCUUGUCUGUAGUGAGCUUGCAUGUGUGUCAGUGCGCUUGUCUGUAGGUAGUGAACGUGUGUGUCAUCUUGUCUUUAGUGAGCAUGUGUGUUAGUGAGCUUGUCUGUAGUGAGCAUGUGUGUCAGUGAGCUUGUCUGUAGUGAGCUUGUGUGUGUAUCAGUGAGCUUGUCUGUAGUGAACUUGUGUGUGAAUCAGUGAGCUUGUCUGUAGUGAGCUUAUGUGUGUGUCAGCGAGCUUGUCUUGUCAUUGAUAAUCUCAGCCAUGGAGGUGGGUCCAGCCAUGGCAAAACUGGCACGGCAUGGGAAAAAAGAUGAGUAAACAACUUUCUCAUGUGAUCAGAGGAGGCAGGUACCUAAACAGACACUCACUGACAGGCACACACUCUUUGACUCAGACACACACACAUUCUGACAGACAUACACUGACAGACACACACUCUCUAACUGAGACACACACUGACACGCAGACACACUGACUGAGAUACACACACUCUGAAACAUACUCUCUGUUCCCCUGCGUGCUCACUGUAGCGAUGCCGGGGCCGAAGUGACGUCAUGUCCCUAAACAGUGCACGAGGGUGCAGGAACUGCAGGAAAGUUACUGCUCUUUCACAUGCCGUCUCCAUGCUCCACGCGACGACUGGCUUCAGGGAUUCCUGCACUAAAGGGCUGACAAAUCCCCGGUGCUAGGGCGAGAUUACUAGUCGCCAUGGUGACCUAGUGACUAGAACACAUAUAUAUACAUGUUUUAUAACUGCCCCCAUACUUUUGUCCCUGGCCCCUCAUGUGCCUGCCCCUAAAUCUGAAUCCUGAAGACAUUACUGUUUGUAGGCAGGACUGGGUUGGGCCAAAAUAUAAGCCCAAGCGUUUCCAAGCUCAGCAGCCCACAUUCAGAGUUUGGAUCUGCAAAUGCAACUUUGUUUUUUGUUUUUUUUUCAUUCAGUUCAUCAUAAAAAACCUGAUAAGAAAAUGAUAAAUGGUGGUGUAAAUUCAAGUACACAACAUGCCCUUCCUGCUAUUAUACUUUAUCUAUAAAUAACUCAUAGUUUAAAAAAUCUGAAGGAUGGACAAAAUUAGGGACAUAAUAAAUUCAAAAAAUUAUCAAGUAAAAUGAGCACACACUCAACAUCACCUUCAGAUACACACAUAUAGACUUCACAGUCACACGGAGAAACACAGAUACACACAUAUAGACUUCACAGUCACACCGAGGAACACAGAUACACACAUAUAGACUUCACAGUCACACCGAGGAACACAGACACACACAUAUAGACUUCACAGUCACACAGAGGAACACAGAUACACACAUAUAGACUUCACAGUCACACCGAGGAACACAGACACACACAUAUAGACUUCACAGUCACACCGAGGAACACAGAUACACACAUAUAGACUUCACAGUCACACCGAGGAACACAGAUACACACAUAUAGACUUCACAGUCACACAGAGGAACACAGAUACACGCAUACAGACUUCACAGUCACACAGAGGAACACAGAUACACACAUAUAGACUUCACAGUCACACAGAGGAACACAGAUACACACAUAUAGACUUCACAGUCACACCGAGGAACACAGAUACACACAUAUAGACUUCACAGUCACACCGAGGAACACAGAUACACACAUAUAGACUUCACAGUCACACCGAGGAACACAGACACACACAUAUAGACUUCACAGUCACACAGAGGAACACAGAUACACACAUAUAGACUUCACAGUCACACCGAGGAACACAGACACACACAUAUAGACUUCACAGUCACACCGAGGAACACAGAUACACACAUAUAGACUUCACAGUCACACCGAGGAACACAGAUACACACAUAUAGACUUCACAGUCACACAGAGGAACACAGAUACACGCAUACAGACUUCACAGUCACACAGAGGAACACAGAUACACACAUAUAGACUUCACAGUCACACAGAGGAACACAGAUACACACAUAUAGACUUCACAGUCACACCGAGGAACACAGAUACACACAUAUAGACUUCACAGUCACACCGAGGAACACAGAUACACACAUAUAGACUUCACAGUCACACUGAGGAACACAGAUACACACAUAUAGACUUCACAGUCACACCGAGGAACACAGAUACACACUUAUAGACUUCACAGUCACACAGAGGAACACAGACACAGACAUGCCUCAACAGUCAUACAAAAAGCACUCACAGAUGCAUAGAUAUAAACUCACAUUCAGGCAAAGACACACAGUUAUCACACAAUCAGAUACACACUCACAUAAACAUUGAUACACACUAACAAUGACACAUACACACACAGACAAAAAAAAACAUGCAAUCACAUUACAUGUGAGAACAAUUUGACUUUCCCUUACCUCCUUUAAGAUUAAUGUAGAUACAAUACAGCCAAGUCUCACACACUAUACCUCCCUAUCUGACACAUAGCUGCUGCCGAGAUGCUGUUCUGCUUCCAUGCCUGCUUCCCUGCCCAUAUUUGUCUCUGAAUCCCCUAUACUAACCAAACCCAACUUAUAAAAACUGAACGUUGUUCCCCAGCCCGCUGUCUGUAGAGAGUUUAUGUUUUUACUCUUUAGAAUGGAAAACUCCUGUGGUUUUGAUGAACUGAUGACUUGUAAUGCCACACAGCGGGUGGUGACUAGUUAAUCACUGAUGGACCAGUGUCCACGUCAUGCAAGCCUUUGGUUGAAUUACAAACACAGAUUGAGGAAGAGGAGGCAGCAAGCCCAGGUCCCUGUAGUGCUUAUUGUAUGUUCUCCUGUGUCUCACUGUCAUUGAAAACAAGAAGAAGUGAUGCCAUAGCACAUUCCCCAGCACUUUCAUAGAUAGGUUACGGCUUAAUCAUUGUUAUAUUAGGUCAAAACCCCUUCAAGCACAUUACCAUUUGGCCCACAGUGCUACCUAUGGUCAGGCAUGUUUGUCUAUUGGAAGGAGCAGGAUACAUAUAUUCCAAGUGUGACACCAUUUAUUGAGAGGAAGCACAGUAAAAAUGAUCUGUGCCUCUAGAAGUCCUCAAUGCUCACCACCAGUCCAGUCCAUAGAAACAGAACUGAGAAAUGCCUGGACUGUUAGUGGGAACAACAGCUUUAGGGUGUCAUCAAAUACACUGAGAGUGAGAGAAGGGUGAAGAGAUCUGUGCCUUCAGUGUGUGAAAUAGUAUAUAGAAAAUGGAAUGUUAGAGAUCAUUACAUGCAGGGUAUUUACCAACACUCAGCAGAAGGUAACAGGGUAGAGAGAUCUGUGCUCCCAAUGUUUGUGUGGUACACAGCAAAGCAAGGGGGAUGGGGACUUACAUGUGUUCCCCCAGUGUAUAUGGUAUAUAUUAAUAAAGAAUAGUAAAUAGCACAGUGCACAGUGCAGGGUUUGUGCCUCCAUUGUGUCAGACCAAAUUAGAAAGAGAGCAGAAAGGAGAGAUCUGUGAAUUACAAACAUCAUACAGAAGAGAUCUGUGCCCUCGCUGCGUGAAACAGCGUUACACGUAAUUUCCCAAUCGUGUAUAGAUAAUGGUGGAUGGAGUCCACAUCUCUUCUGCUACUUGGGUCUUGAGUUCUACUCACUCACCUGAUUUCCUGUGGCCCCUAUUGCCACAGCAUUGAUAGUGGAAGAUUAUAAAAUGAAUGUAUCUUGAGGUCAGCAGACUGGACUUGAUCAUUUAGUUCAGAUUUGUUUUAAUUUAGAGGUUGUGGCAAUACAUUUCAAAACCUAACACAGGACAUGCUAGGCUAGGGUCACCCUGCCUCCCAUUUGCUAAUUUUUCUUCAACCAGGAACUACGUGAUAUGAUGGUUAAUAGAAACCAAGUCUAAAGAAGAUCAAGUUCAGAUCAUCAUUAAUUAAACUGAUAUAAUUAUGGUUAAUAAAAUAUCUAUUUGUGUUUCUUUGUAUCAAUCAUGUUAUAGUAUGAAGGAAAUUAUAAUGUGAACAAACCUGACCCAGCUAAUUUAUGUAGGAAGCACAUUUAAUGGAAGCCAAAGAACUAGUGCCCCCAUUCUAUAUACAAUGAGUUAGCUCAGCUGGUACAGUAAGAUACAUUGUUUGUGUUUUAUAUGCAUUGCUUGCAGGAAACAGUGCGCUAAACCUUUGAAAUUGUUUCGUAGGACAUACUGCACAUUGCUAACCAUCUUCUCAAUGAAUCAUCCUGGAAGCCAGCUGCCAGUACAAAUACUGCUCUUGGACCACAGAUGCUGCAGUGCUUUGAGAGUAUUUUGGCUGGGAUGGAAGCCACCAACCAGUCUUUCAAUGUUUCCUUGGAAAACAUAGACUUUCAAUAUAAAGUUAUGUCUUGUAGCAGCUUGCUGAAUCAGACUAAUGUUGAGAUUGGUUUUAAUGUCAACAUUUCAUUAAGUCGUGAAGACAAUGAAACUGAUUUCAACCCUUCAUGUAUGGCAAAUAUAAUGUCAUUUUCCUACAAAUCUCUCAGUAAUGACUUUCCAAAUGAUUAUGAAAACCAUAAAGAUCCGAGCUUAUUCUACAAGGUGAACAGUCGAAUUCUGACAAAUACAAUGUUUCUUGAUCAUAAGAACUACCAUUCAGCAAAUGUCAUUAUGAGUUUCCCUUGUAAUACCAAAGAAUGCCACUCCACGGCCAUAUGUGUAUUCUGGAAUUUCACCCUCGGCAAAUGGUCAUCUGAAGGAUGCACAACUAAGACAGAUGAUGAAGUAGCUAGUUGUCUUUGCAAUCACCUGACUUCUUUCUCUGUGUUAAUAUCAAACAUCCUACCUCAAGGACAUUUAGACAUUUCCAUCCUUGACUACAUCACGAACAUUGGUCUAAUUAUCUCCGUAGCGUCACUUGUAGUGUGCAUUUCUUUACAAAUGUAUCUUAUGAAAAGUACCGUAAACCUUGUGGCUUACUACCGACACUUGGCCAUACUAAACGUGUCUUCAUUCCUCCUUUUAAGUAAUGUCUCAUUUCUGGGAGCCAGUUAUAUCAAACCACCACAAUUUCUGAGGCUUUGUGUAGCUCUGACGUUCUGCACCCACUUCUCUCUUUUGGCUUUCUUCUGCUGGACCUUGGUACAGAGCUUUUUUCUGAUCUGCCGUUUAGUCUUUGUGUUUCACCACAUAACGAAGAAAGAAUUCAUGACCCUUUCCACAGUGCUGGGAUAUGUUUGCCCGAUGCUGAUUGCGGUUGGCACUUUCCUAUACUACACUCCUACAGACAACUACCGGAGGGAUAAUGUAUGCUGGUUGCAAACUGAAUCAGGGGCUUCUCUGACAUUUACCAUCCCAACAAUAAUAAUUAUAUCUCUAAAUUUCCUGGUACUCUUGGUAGUAAUCAAAAAACUUCUCAGACCAUCCAUUUCUGAGGGAAGCAGUGAGGAUGAGGAGGUUGUGAAGAAGCUGGCGAAAGCAAUCGUCUUUUGCACGCCUCAGUUCGGGUUGACCUGGGCCAUUGGAAUUCCACUGCUUACAAAUGGAGAAUCAAUGUUUUUACAAUAUCUAUUUGUACUGCUCAAUCCUCUCCAGGUAUAUUCAAUCCCGUUACUAUGUGGUGGUUCAUGUCUUACCCAGGACACUUUUAAUCCCGUCAUAUGUUAUAGGAAGAGCUGUAUAAGACAUAAAGGGCUAAUACCUAAUGAUGUUACUUUGUACACAAUCUAUUAAUAAAUGUUCAGCCAGUAUAAGCAUCAAAUAUACUUAAUGAAUGCCAAGCCGCGUUCAACAUGUCUGAUGCUCGGCAAAGCUCUUGACGCAAACUCAUACACCAACAUGAGGAGAAACAAAGAAAAAGGCAAGAAAAAAAAACGAGCUCAUAAAUAAAUAUAAAAUUUUAGCACCCUCUAAUUUGCAAUUAUCUGAGACGGUCUAUCAACCCUUUCUUGAGGAUAGUAGUAUUUUAAUUGUAAUAUAUAUUAUAUGAAAUAAGAGAUACAUUUUUCUGUAAUAUGUGUAUGUAACAGAGAAAAACGUCUUCUAAAAUCUAAUACGUUAAUGGUUCAUCAGAGUAUUUCACAAAUCUUCUCCUUUGUUUUCCCAGGGUUUUUUCAUCUUUAUUUUUGGUUGCCUCUUGGAUAAAAAGGUAUGGAAUGAUUUCUUGUCAUCGUGUACUACUAUGUUAUAUAUGUCAUACAUGGGAUUCAUAUCUCAAAUCAGAUAAGCUGUGUUUUACUCCAAAUAUUUAUAAAAGGGAAGAUUUAUAUAAAUUAAUAUUGGACAACUAAUUUCAGAUUGUAGAAUCCUCAGGAAUAACAGUCUGUACCAGUAAAGCCCAGCAUUCUGUAGCAGGAGCAGCCAUCCACAUAACCCGGGAUUGUGUUAUAGUGUGUGUGUAUGACUGUGUGUGUGUGUAUGACUGUGUGUGCGUGGAAUAUUUGCUGACAACUAGCUGCACAAAUUUCAGCGACACUUUGAUAAAUUUCAUCCAAAGUGUCCCUAGAAUAUUUUUUUGCAAAAGUUGCCAACUAUGCACGCUGUCAAAGCAUCAUGAAGCUGUAAUUCAAUGUCAGCUGUAGGACUACCUACUGGAUGGAAAUUGGGACACAGUGAGAAAAGAUUAAAUCCUGUCUUGUUUCAAUUUCAGGUGUUAGAUCUUGUGAAGAAGCGAUUGUCUAAGAACCAGGGUUUCAGCAGCACGGUAAGAUCAUUCAGUAGCCACAUUCAGUAGCCACAAGGGUGUGUGUUCACCUUGUAUUUAAACACAACUCUUGUAUGUUCAUCCACUUACUUAAAGAUUGGAACACCUGCUUUCAAGAAGCCAUUGCCAGACAUUCUGCUUGGAAGCUCUGUGAUCAAGCAGGGAUAUUCUUUUAAUAAGAGAGAACAUGCAAUAAAUAUAAAAAUUGGAAUGUGCAGGAGAUGAUCUAUACUUUUAGACAUAGGCUUCACACCCCAAUACACAACCACUGCACAGGGUGAAGUAACUUUACAAUCAAAUUCCUCAUUUGGGAAUUUUUGUAGAUAAAUCAUUUGGAAGUUUUCCCAACAGUUUUAAAUCAUUUGGAAAAGCUUAUUAAAUUGAGGUCUAAGGCCUUGAUUUAUUAAUUUUGGAUAAGAUUUUGAAAUGAUUCAAUAAAAUAAAUAAAUCCAAAUAAUAAAAUAUGACAAAAUACAUAAUAAAUAAUAUAUAUGUAUAUCUCAAUGUAUCAAAAAUAUCAAAAUAUUACAAAAUUAAAAUAGUUUACAUAAUAUUAAAUCAUUUUAAGAAUUUAUCCAAAAUAAUAAAUUAGGUUCCAAGUUGGAGAAUUUUCCAAACCAACUUUUUUUUUACAAAACAAAUGAAUAAAAUUUGGAUUUCAGUUGAAUUCAGUGUUUAGUGACUUAAUCCCUUUGUGGACUCAACAGAUUUGUCAAUAAAGGGUUAACGUUUAAUAAAUCAUCCCCAUAGAUAUGUUAAUACAUUCCCUAUUUAAUGUCAGCAGAGCAUAAAUUCUCGUGUUACACGGACACAUGUUUUAUAGUUUCAUACUGGAUUAAGGUUGUAUCAGAUAUAUCUUUAAUUAAAUCACGUUUAAUUUCUUGCAGGCUACAACUCUCAGCACAUAUUAAAAAUUCUGGACUCCAAGGUAAGCAAGUAUUUAAAAAACAGCAAGCUCCGUUUUAACAAAUAUUAAAAUUAUAUCAAAACUACAUCCAAAAACGAAACAUUGCAGCCACUUCGCAUUUCUCUUGGAAGUUAAAACAUACAUUUAGAUGUCAAUCGUGCUCGGUUUGUCCGAGCAGAAAAUACACUAUUAGGCAACAAUGGUCUCGAUAUACUAUUGUUAAAUAAGUAUUCCAAAUUACUUCAUAUUUUUGGAUAAACUUUUAAAAUGUUUUUUUUUGCAACAUGUUACAAUUUCAAAGCAUAUUUCAUAUAUUAAAAAAUAUACGGUUAUGGGAAAAUAAAAAUAUUGCAUAACUAAAUAAUUUUUCCUGAUCUUAAAUCAUUUUAAAAGUUCAAAAUCAUUGAAAUAAUUCAGGAAGCUUAUCCAACAAUAUUAAAUCGAGGCCCAUGUACUGAAUUAGUCAACUUAUCCUUAUCAGAUCAAGCAAUUCCACUUUAGGCACAUAUUGAAAAGAGUGAAGAAACCAAAAUAUUGGAAUUUUCAUUCCCUUUUUCUGAGCACUGGCAGUGGAGGACUCACAGCCAGCAGACACACAAACAGCUGGGUUUGCAGAUAUACACAUUGCUGUCACCGGGGGUUUCAUUAUCAACAGACAGACACAGUGCUGGGAUUGGGUGACACAUUUUAUAACUAAACACUUGUGGAAAAAUUAAGAAAUUGAAUAAAAGAAAAAGAUCACAAAACAGAGAUUAAAGUCACAGGCAUCUGGAUUUGAUGAGCACAUGAAUGAGCAGAAAAAAACCCUUACACAUGUAUAAAACUUACAACUUUUACAUAACAAGCUUACUUAUCUACCUCUAGGCUAUUUUCUAUGUUGUAAUUUAGCAUGGGAGUGUAAGGCUUUCAAAUGUACAUAGACAACUUACUGGAGGUUAUAUGGGACUCUUCAGGAAAUGCCACCAGAUGCAUACUGAGCAUGUGUGAGAUGCACUCAAACUGGGCGUUUUUCACAAGCGACCAAAGCUCUACAGCUGCUCUCAACAUCUUAUCAUUCAUUAUCAAUGAGUAGGUUUGAGCUGUGGUGGAAGAAGGGGAGGGCAACUUAUACCACUGCAGUACAGUUUGGGGUUCCAUUUAUAAUGGAAAUUUUCAAAGUAAUCCUUUUUUUUCCAGGAAAACAAUGACAGUUAUUUAUUUUUUUACUAUGACAAUAGUUUUUUGGGGGGGGGAAUACAAAGGGACAAGUUUCCUAACUUCUAUCUCAAAAAAAGUCUCAUUAAAGCAGAAAGUGAAUGUAAAAUAUGUUCUUAAAAAAAACGCAAAAAUGGACCUGCUUUGUUAAAAGUAUUAGACAAAAAUGAAAAUUUUUGAGAAUAUAAACUAUUUUUCUUCUUCUCCAGAAUCUGAAACAGGUGUCGUGGAGCAUCUAUAUGUCUGCAAAAUGCACAGUUACCGAGAGACUAUCCAGGGAUUCAGUCAGUAAGAGGAAUGAGCUGGAAUUCCAAACAGAAUUCAGAAAUAUCAGGAGCUCACCCAUGUCCCCCAAUAAAUGUUAUCAUAUCCUCAAGCACUUCUCGAAAGGAGCUUUUAUCAUUUCAUUUCAGAAAUUACCAAAUUUGUGAAAACACCAAAGCAUUC